AUGCCCUCUCGCUCGGAAGUCGCCUAUUUCGGCGCCGGGCCCGCGUCUCUGCCCACAGCAGCGCUGGAGCAAGCGGCUGCCAGCCUGCUCAACCACGAGAACCAGGGUCUUGGCCUGGGCGAGAUCAGUCACCGCUCGCCCACGGCCAACAAGGUCAUCGCCGACGCCAAGGCCGCGCUCGUCCAUCUCCUCGACAUCCCGGACAGCUACGACAUCAUCUUCAUGCAGGGCGGCGGCAGCGGCGAGUUCAGCGCGGUGGUGCAGAAUUUGGUGAGUGCGUGGGUGGAGCGGCGGCGGAGGAACGCCGUGGCCGAGUUGGGUGAGGCGAAGGACGAGGAGGUCCUGCAGCGCGUUAGGGAGGAAUUGGAGGCGAUGCGCGUCGAGUACCUCGUCACCGGCAGCUGGAGCUUGAAGGCCAGUCAGGAGGCAGCGCGGCUGCUGGGGCCCAAGUACGUGAACGUGGCGCUCGACGCGCGCAAGUUCCGCGAAGGCAGCAGGUUCGGCGCCAUCCCAGACGAGCAGAAGUGGGCCGGCAAUCUGGUGAAGCAGAAGGGCGCGAGUGCGCUGACGUAUUUCUGUGACAACGAGACGGUCGAUGGCGUCGAGUUCCCGGCGUUCCCAAAGUGUCUGGAUGGGAAUGAGGAGACGGAGGCGGGCGAUGAGCGCAUCGUCGUCGCCGACAUGAGCAGCAACUUCCUCUCGCGCUCUGUCGACGUCAAGAAGUAUAGCGUUAUUUUUGGCGGCGCGCAAAAGAACCUCGGCCUCCCAGGCAUCACGCUCCUGAUAAUCCGCAACUCCCUGCUCUCCCUCACGCCCCCCGUCGCCUUCAUGCACUCUUUGUCCGCUCAACUCCCCAACGCCAUCCCCCCCGUCGUCUUCGAUUUCGCCACCCUCGCCAAGAACAACAGCCUCUACAACACCCUCCCCAUCUUCAAUUUGUAUGUCGCCACCUUGGUCCUGCAGGAUUUGGACCGCAACUGCGGCGCCCGCCGUAUCGCGGCGCAGCAGGAGGUUGCGGAGCGCAAGGCCGCGAGGAUUUAUGCCGUGUUGGAUAAGUACGAAUGGAAAAAUGGGGAGGGCGUGUAUGGUGUGGUGCCCGAGAAGGGGGCCAGGAGUCGCAUGAAUGUGUGUUUCAGAGUGAAAGGUGGGGAUGAGGCCGAGGAGAAGAGGUUUGUGAAGGAGGCCGAGGGGAGGGGGUUGUUGGGCGUUAAGGGGCAUCGGAGUGUGGGUGGGAUUAGGGUGAGUAACUAUAAUGCGGUGGGGGAGGAGAGUGUGGAGAGGUUGUGUGGGUUUUUGAAGGAGUUUGCUGAGGGGCCAAAGGGGGCUUGA